UUACAUUUAAAACGGACAGGAUAAAGUGAACGGCCUUGUGUAUCCUCACCAUAGUAACAGUCGGGUUCCAGCAACCUAGUGCAGGUUUUAAGUGUCGCAGUUGUCAGGGCCAACGAGCAAGAUGGUCAGUAGCGUUAUUUAGGCUACGCAACUUCGGCUGAAUAGAUAAAAGAAACCUUUUAUGCUUUUAUAAAACUAGCAUUUCAAAUCCGCCAUUCGCUCCGUCCAUAGUUCACAAAGAGGUUUUGGUAAGUGGAGACAAGGAAAGCCAAGAUCUGGAACUAAAAGAAGGUGGAGUAGGCUAGUCUAAAUUAAUUGCAUUAAAUAACGGAUUAAUUCACAAGCUUCCUACAUGCCUUACGGAAAUGCUACACUUGUUUCGGACUGGCACAAAUACAGAGAAGCCGAGCCGAAAGAUUAUGACUUCAGUGCGUUGCCGGAGGGAAAAAAAUCAUUACACAAGUCUACCUACAGACAUUUUGGAACCAGUGGUAAUACCAUUUGGACCACUACGACGGGAGAGCAGUUGUCACAGUGCCUUCUGAAAAAACAGCAAGAGGUCGAGGGCACCCGCAUGUCGAUGUUGCGGGCGGAUCUUUUCCACUCCGCUGUCUUGGACAGGGAGACGAAUCAUCUGAAAGCAGGCCACAAUGCCGUCUUGCCGCGUCACCAGCUGGGACAUAACCGAAUUGACUUGAAGACCACAUAUGUGCAGGAUUACCUGCCCCCUUACACUCACGACAAACAGGAAACUAAGGUGACACCUGACCAACCGGGGGAUUCCAGCAUGUUCAGGAAGCGGAUUUCCCAGUUCACCGACGCGGCGGACUACCGUCGGUUGGGCCGGAACACUUGGCAAGACGAAAGGGUGGAAUGCAGAACUGAAGCGCUCAAACCCACCGAUCCCACGGGCCUGUAGAUUUAACCGCCUCACUAGCACCCCCCGGUGGAUCAGCGCACACCUGCAGGGAGGAGUGGAACUCUGACAUCCGAACCUUGGAUGUAUCAACCCAGAGGAUUUGUGGUUGCAGUGGGUAUUUUAUCAUUUACACUCUCCCAGUCCUGUUUGGACUCAUGCCAUAAAGAAUGCUAUUAUUCCAAA